AUGCCUUCUCUCCUGAAACUGGCCACUGCGGUCGCCCUUCUCACUGAAGGCGUUCUUGGACGACAAGCCCCUUCUGUGCGAGUCAAGAACGGUACACUUGAGGGCAAAUAUGUCGCUGGAUUAGAUCAAGAUCUCUUCCUCGGUGUUCCCUUUGCUCAACCUCCUGUCGGCCAACUUCGUCUUCAGAACCCUCAGCCUUUGAACCAGACUUUCAAGGUCAAGAAGGUCACCAAGUAUGCCGAUUCAUGUGUCGGCUAUGGAAACACCGCUGAUCAAGGUCCUGCGACCUUCAGCGAGGACUGCUUGACUCUGAACAUCGUCAGGCCUGCCAUAUCCAAGGGCAGCAAGAAGGAGAAACUCCCAGUUGGUGUCUUUAUCCACGGUGGAGGUUGGACCAUGGACUUUAGCGCCAACGGUGUUUACAACAUGAGCUUCAUGGUUGAGGAGUCCGUCAAGAUGGGCAAGCCUUUCAUUGGAGUGUCCGUCGACUACAGACUUUCUUUCUGGGGAUUUAUGGCUAGCAAGGAUAUCCUCGAUGCCGGAGUUGCCAACCUUGGCUUGAAGGACCAGCGCAUUGCCCUGCACUGGGUCAAAGAGAACAUCGCCGCCUUCGGAGGUGACCCUUCAAAGGUUACCAUCUUCGGUGAGAGUGCCGGUGGUGGUAACGUCGGCUACCAAGCCAUGGCUUACGGCGGCGUUGACGAGGGGCUAUUCCGUGGUAUCAUCGCCGAAUCUGGAGCUGACGGCACUGACAUGAAGAACUACACGGGACCCCAGCAGCGCUACGACACUAUCGUCAAGGCAGUUGGCUGCGACAAGGAAUCCGAUAAGCUUGCCUGUCUCCGCCAAGUUCCCUUCGAGAAACUGAACGCCACGAGCACCAAGAUCCAAGGCAGCUUCUACCCCGUUGUUGACGAAGACUUUGUCCCCGACUAUCCCUCCAAGCUUCUCGCCGACGGAAACUUCACCAAGGUGCCUCUCAUGGCUGGAACAAAUGCUGAUGAGGGUAGUUUCUUCGGUCUGCCAGGUGUUGACUCCACUGAAGAGGCUGUUUCUAAACUUCGAGCCACUGGACUUGAUGCUGAUACCAUCGAUACACUCUUGGCUCUGUAUCCCAACAUCGAUGCUCUUGGAAUUCCAUCGGGGUACCGUUACAAGUCAAGUGAUCCUGUCAAGAAGCAGUAUAAGAGAUGGGCUGCUCUGCAGGGUGACCAGCUCUUCAUGUCGUGGAGACGUGCGCGAACUGAUGCUUGGUCUAAGCACAACGUGACUUCAUAUGCCUACCUGUUUGAGUCCCCCAAUACCAACAUGCCCGACUACAUCGGAACUCCUCACUUUGUCGAAAUCGCUUACGUUUUCUACAACAUGCUCGGACAAGGCUACAGCAAGGGUCAAGGCCCUCUUGUCAACGCAUCAAAGGAGGUUCUCGACCUCGCUAAGCUUGUGAGCCAUAUGUGGAUCAGCUUCAUCACUGAGCUCAACCCCAACGAACACGGAAUUUCCGGUGUUCCCGAGUGGCCUGUUUUCAACAAUGGUGGUGGAUACGGCGAGCACUUCUACUUCAAUCCUAAUGGAUCGAUGGCUCAGCCUGAUACUCUCCGACUGGCUGGUACUACGUUCAUGAACUCGGUUUCUGCUGACCAGUAUGGAAGAUAA